CCCCGUACGAAUUUGACGUGUUUACAAAAGAAGAGUUUCCUAUCCCGAAAAAAACAAAAUGCGCACCGACUUGUCAUACGCCAGCCAUCGAGCAGUAUAGAUCAGUAUGAACUGUCGAUCAGAGGUCCUCGAGGUGUCAGUGGAGGGCAGGCAGGUGGAUGAGGCCAUGCUGGCCCUCCUGCACACCAUCCUCCUGCACCGCAGCACAGGGAAAUUUCACUACAAGAAAGAGGGCACAUACUCCAUCGGCACAGUGGGAACGCAGGACGUGGACUGCGACUUUAUCGACUUCACAUUUGUGCGAGUGUCUUCUGAUGAACUCGACAGGGUUAUCAGGAAAGCAGUGGCCGAAUUUAAGGAUGCUCUUGGGAAUACUGGGAGUGAUGGCAUGGGACAGAUCUCUCUGGAGUUCUAUCAAAAAAAGAAGUCCCGUUGGCCCUUUUCAGAUGAAUGCAUCCCUUGGGAGGUGUGGAGCAUCAAGGUUAAUGUUGUUAACCUGGCCAACGAACAGGAACGUCAGAUAUGCAGGGAGAAAGUUGGCGAGAAGCUCGGCGAGAAGGUCAUCAACAUUGUGGAAGUGAUCAACCGUCAUGAGUAUCUCCCAAAGAUGCCCACACAAUCAGAGGUGGAUAAUGUGUUUGACACAAGUUUGAAAGAUGUCCAGCCGUAUCUGUACAAGAUCACUUUCCAGAUCACUGAUUCUCUGGGGACGUCAGUGAGCACCACUAUGAGAAGGCUUAUCAAAGACACUCUUGCAUUAUAAAGGUUGUGACAGUAUUGCUGAUGAAACAUGAUGCUUCUUGGACAUUGAUGAUGAUGUUAAAGAGAAUUUCACAGGUUCCACUCACUUUUGACUGUUGAUAUGUUACUACAUAUAAUUCAGAAUUCAAAUUGUGUUUUAUAUUAUUUCUGGUUAAGUUAUUGCUAAAUUGAUGUCAGAAUUUAUUUACGCAUGAAUGUUUUUUUUUUUAAAGAAAUCACUACACAUAAUUAGUAUAAUAAUGGUGUCUGCUAUCUUUGCACUGUUCGGAAAGACUAACAGUUCAAACAAGCAAA